AUAGAUGGAGCUGAAAUAUUUUGAAGAAUUUUAAAUAAUUCAAGAUGGCAUCCGUAGCUGAGCCAUUAACACUCCAAAAAGAUGUUAAACGUGCAAUAGAAUUAUUAGAGAAACUCCAAAAGAGUGAGUACAGCUUCUGGCUUGGUGGUGAAGUUCCAAGUCAAAAAUUGGCAGCUCUACAAAAAGUACUUCAAAGUGAUUUCUGUAAUGCAGUAAGAGAAGUGUAUGAACAUGUUUAUGAAACAGUUGAUAUUUCGGGCAGCCCUGAUAUUCGAGCUAGUGCUACUGCCAAAGCAACCGUAGCUGCUUUUGCAGCUAGUGAAGGACAUGCUCAUCCUAGAGUUGUUGAAUUACCAAAAACAGAUGAAGGAUUGGGUUUCAAUGUAAUGGGAGGAAGGGAACAGAAUUCUCCCAUUUAUAUAUCUAGAAUUAUUCCAGGAGGAGUCGCCGACAGACAUGGGGGAUUAAAACGAGGCGAUCAGUUGCUCUCAGUUAACGGAACAAGUGUAGAAGGAGAGAAUCACGAGAAAGCUGUUGAACUACUUAAAGCAGCUCAGGGAACAGUCAAAUUGGUGGUCAGAUAUACUCCAAAAGUACUAGAAGAGAUGGAGAUGAGAUUUGACAAACAACGUGCAAUUCGUCGAAAACAAAACAUUCACUAACUUCAUCUACCAGAUAAAAAUAUUUUAUCUUAGAGAAGACUAUGUACAUAUAUAAAAAUAUAUAUAU